AUGGGUAUGCUUAUCGAUGAUUUGAUGGUUCGCUUCGAGAAGAUUAGUAAGGAUGAGUCUAUCGAUACCAAGGAGAUGGUUACCUUCAUCGAGUUGUUGGAUGAAGCAGUUCAGUAUGCCGACCAGAACAGGGAUGUUGCUGAUAAGAGGGGUCAAGUUCUUGAAAAGUUGGUCAAGAAGCUUUGUGAUAGAAGCCCUAUCGAUGCUGAUACGGGUAUUAAGCCUAUUGAUGAGUUGCGUCAUGUGGUUUUGACUCCUAAUGUGUCUUAUUCUGAUGUUGUUCAUCAGCAACGAUUCCGUUGUCCCACCAUUAAUUAUCAGUAUACCUCCGAUGCUAUAAAAGGUGCUGGUUCUAGUAAGAGUCGUAACCGUUUACCUUAUCUCCAUGUUGAUUGGUUGGGGUUUUUGGCGGUUCCUUCUCUCCAGCAGGCGGAUAUGAAUUCGUUCGAAUGGUUGGUUAUGAAUAUCCCGGUACUGAGGUCUGUUAUGAUACUACCAGAAGUUUGGGGGGUUAUGCAACCUACCUUACGUCUCUUUGUUCUACACGGUAGGACGAAGUUUCGCAGUCGCUACGCUGGUAAGGAUGUUAUCAACGCAUUGGAUAUGGAUUCUGAAGCUUUGGAUGUUGGUGGUACUGACCUUCUAUGA